AUUUUCGAACAUGAUAGCGCCUUUUAUUAUUUGGUCUAUACAUUAUUUAAGCCUUAUAAAAAUUGUGAAUUGAAUACAGCUGUCUUCCUGUGAACACCGCUCUAGCAGGAUUUCCGUGGGCUCGCUAGACCAAUGAGAAGAGAGAAUGAUAUCGGCAUCUCUUGCGGCGAAAUGUAUUAGUCUGUUUCCGUUGUGCUCCGCGGAAAUUCCAAGCUGUGGACAUAAGAGUUUUGGCUUGUGAGUCACUUGUUUUUAAACGAAUAUAUUUAUUAAAAUUACCCAACAUUUAUAAUAGUCUGGUACGGCAGUACGCGAUCACAGAAUGUACGAGAUGAGUGAAGAUCUUCUUGGUCACAGAAGCGGCAGCGAUGAUGAUUUUAUCUUACAGGGACCAUCGUCUUAUCCUAAGCCAGCUGCUGUGCAUACUGAGAAUGAUAAAAUUAAGACGGUGCGGGCCCAGGUGGCAGAGGUCACCAAGGUGAUGCAGGCGAACCUGGGCAAGGUGCUGGCGCGGGGCGACCGCCUCGAGGACCUGCAGGAGGCCUCGGAGAGGCUGAACCUGGCCAGCGCCGACUUCCACGUGGCGGCGACGCGCGUGCGCAGGCGAGCGUGGAUGCAGCACCUCAAGACGAGGGCGCUGCUGGCGGGGGUCAUCGCCCUCGUGCUCAUCGGCGUCACAGUUCCUAUUAUUGUGCACUUCACGUCUGAAUCUCCGAAACAGGCUUCAUGACUCGAACAGGCUGCCUGUUAUUUUCUGCCUUCUAGCGGGAAGCCAUUCCUCUGGUGCAUGGACUCAUGGGCUGGAAGUUUUGCCUUUAAUGAUUUUUUGACUUGUAAAUAAAGGCUUUUAUUUUUCCUA